AUGAUUCUGGAGCUCUUGGAACUCCUACGCUUCCAGACUGGGACCAAGAACACAGAAGGUGUGUGGCCACAAGAGGAAGUGGGACCUACAGAGCAACAGGUGUGGCCACAAGAGGAAGUGGGACCUACAGAGCAACAGGUGUGGCCACAAGAGGAAGUGGGACCUACAGAGCAACAGGUGUGGCCACAAGAGAAAGUAGGAUCUACAGAGCAACAGGUGUGGCCACAAGAGAAAGUGAGACCUACAGAGCAACAGGUGUGGCCACAAGAGAAAGUGGGACCUACAGAGCAACAGGUGUGGCCACAAGAGAAAGUAGGACCUACAGAGCAACAGGUGUGGCCACAAGAGGAGAAAGUAGGACCUACAGAGCAACAGGUGUGGCCACAAGAGGAGAAAGUGGGACCCACAGAGCCUCAGGUGUGGCCACAAGAGGAAGUAGGACCCACAGAGCCUCAGGUGUGGCCACAAGAGGAAGUAGGACCCACAGAGCCUCAGGUGUGGCCACAAGAGAAAGUGAGACCUACAGAGCAACAGGUGUGGCCACAAGAGAAAGUAGGAUCUACAGGGCAACAGGUGUGGCCACAAGAGAAAGUGAGACCUACAGAGCAACAGGUGUGGCCACAAGAGAAAAUAGGAUCUACAGAGCAACAGGUGUGGCCACAAGAGGAGAAAGUGGGACCCACAGAGCCUCAGGUGUGGCCACAAGAGGAAGUAGGACCCACAGAGCCUCAGGUGUGGCCACAAGAGGAAGUAGGACCUACAGAGCCUCAGGUGUGGCCACAAGAGAAAAUAGGAUCUACAGAGCAACAGGUGUGGCCACAAGAGGAGAAAGUGGGACCCACAGAGCCUCAGGUGUGGCCACAAGAGGAAGUAGGACCCACAGAGCCUCAGGUGUGGCCACAAGAGGAAGUAGGACCUACAGAGCCUCAGGUGUGGCCACAAGAGGAAGUAGGACCCACAGAGCCUCAGGUGUGGCCACAAGAGGAAGUAGGACCCACAGAGCCUCAGGUGUGGCCACAAGAGGAAGUAGGACCUACAGAGCCUCAGGUGUGGCCACAAGAGGAAGUAGGACCUACAGUGCCUCAGGUGUGGCCACAAGAGGAAGUAGGACCUACAGAGCCUCAGGUGUGGCCACAAGAGGAAGUAGGACCUACAGAGCCUCAGGUGUGGCCACAAGAGGAAGUAGGACCCACAGAGCCUCAGGUGUGGCCACAAGAGGAAGUAGGACCCACAGAGCCUCAGGUGUGGCCACAAGAGGAAGUAGGACCUACAGAGCCUCAGGUGUGGCCACAAGAGGAAGUAGGACCUACAGUGCCUCAGGUGUGGCCACAAGAGGAAGUAGGACCUACAGAGCCUCAGGUGUGGCCACAAGAGGAAGUAGGACCUACAGUGCCUCAGGUGUGGCCACAAGAGGAAGUAGGACCUACAGAGCCUCAGGUGUGGCCACAAGAGGAAGUAGGACCUACAGAGCCUCAGGUGUGGCCACAAGAGGAAGUAGGACCCACAGAGCCUCAGGUGUGGCCACAAGAGGAAGUAGGACCCACAGAGCCUCAGGUGUGGCCACAAGAGGAAGUAGGACCUACAGAGCCUCAGGUGUGGCCACAAGAGGAAGUAGGACCUACAGUGCCUCAGGUGUGGCCACAAGAGCAAGUAGGACCUACAGUGCCUCAGGUGUGGCCACAAGAGGAAGUAGGACCUACAGAGCCUCAGGUGUGGCCACAAGAGGAAGUAGGACCUACAGUGCCUCAGGUGUGGCCACAAGAGGAAGUAGGACCUACAGUGCCUCAGGUGUGGCCACAAGAGGAAGUAGGACCUACAGAGCCUCAGGUGUGGCCACAAGAGGAAGUAGGACCUACAGUGCCUCAGGUGUGGCCACAAGAGGAAGUAGGACCUACAGAGCCUCAGGUGUGGCCACAAGAGGAAGUAGGACCCACAGAGCCUCAGGUGUGGCCACAAGAGGCAGUAGGACCUACAGAGCCUCAGGUGUGGCCACAAGAGGAAGUAGGACCUACAGUGCCUCAGGUGUGGCCACAAGAGGAAGUAGGACCUACAGUGCCUCAGGUGUGGCCACAAGAGAAAGUAGGACCUACAGUGCCUCAGGUGUGGCCACAAGAGGAGAAAGUGGGACCCACAGAGCCUCAGGUGUGGCCACAAGAGAAAGUAGGACCCACAGAGCCUCAGGUGUGGCCACAAGAGGAAGUAGGACCUACAGAGCCUCAGGUGUGGCCACAAGAGGAAGUAGGACCUACAGUGCCUCAGGUGUGGCCACAAGAGGAAGUAGGACCUACAGAGCCUCAGGUGUGGCCACAAGAGGAAGUAGGACCUACAGUGCCUCAGGUGUGGCCACAAGAGGAAGUAGGACCUACAGAGCCUCAGGUGUGGCCACAAGAGGAAGUAGGACCUACAGUGCCUCAGGUGUGGCCACAAGAGGAAGUAGGACCUACAGAGCCUCAGGUGUGGCCACGAGAGAAUAAAAUGUGGUGA